UUCCGAUUUCGUCAGGUCCUAUUUUUUGUCAGGGCAGGCGUGGCGAUAACUGUAAAGUGGUCAGUAGUUACUAGUUAGCAGUCGCUACUUGCUAGCCGGUAUUCUCAGUGGCUAUUCGGUAGUUACUAGUUAGUACUUACUACUUAGCAUCUACACAGUAAUUAUCUGCACUCUGCAGUAGCCAGUAGGUACCUAAUCAACAGAUAUUCUAAAACAAUGCCUUUGGCCAGUAUAACUCGCGUAGAGAAAUUUAGCUCUUGUCAUCGGCUCCACAGCAACAAUUUAAGCAAUGAAGAAAAUGUAAACAUUUUUGGUAAAUGUAACAAUAAAAAUGGCCAUGGACAUAAUUAUAAAGUUGAAGUUACAGUUAAGGGUUUAAUGGAUGAAAAUACUGGCAUGGUCAUGAAUGUUGCUGACUUAAAAAAGUAUAUUGACAUUGCUGUAAUGGAGCCAUUGGAUCAUAAAAAUCUAGACAUGGAUGUACCUUACUUUAAAGAUCGUGUUAGUACAACUGAGAAUGUAGCAAUUUUUAUAUGGCAAAGCUUAAAAAAUGUCAUGCAUAAUCCUAAUCUAUUAUAUAAAGUUAAAUUAUUUGAAACUGAUAAAAAUAUUGUUGUUUAUAAAGGUGAAUAAUUUAUUAUUUUU